AUGGCAGCAGCUGAAAUCCCUUGUUACACUCUGUCUUCUCAGAGCGAAAAACACAGGAGAGCCAGGAACUGGACUGAUGCAGAAAUGAGAGGCCUAAUGCUGGUAUGGGAGGAAUACUUCGAGGAGCUGAAACAAACUAAAAGGAACGCCAAAGUUUAUGAGCGAAUGGCAAACAAGCUGUUCGAGAUGACAGGAGAGAAUCGCCACGGGGAAGAAAUUAAGAUUAAAAUAACAAACAUGACGUUUCAGUACAGGUAAGCCGUAUAAUGCCUUGUCUUUUUCCUGUUUAACCCCCUGCAUGGCACCAGGCGCUUUUACGACAUUUACAUAUACGCUGGAUCUAACGCACAGAUAAAAGGGUCCAUAAAAGGGAGCCGUCAUCUAAACAGGAGUCGGAGCGCGGGGGGGGGGGGUGCUUUUCUAGAGAAUAAUGUUUUGGCUAUACAUUUGCUAAUCAGAUUGUUAGCAAAUAUAUAGAUAAAAAAAAAGCUUUUGCUCCUAGGCCGUAAGCCUGGAUCUGUGCGCAUGCUUUAUGUUACUUCGGGGCACAUGCACACAUGGACUUAUUUCGAUCAAUAAGGAACACUAUAGCUCUAGGAAUACAAACAUGUAUUCCUAAUGCUAAAGUGUCCGGCUUGCUGUGUAGGGUUCCGCACACCCCUUCCCCCCCUGCUCCCCUCCCCCUCCCCCUUCCCCUCCUGUAAACAGCACCAGAGUGUGGCUCGACUCUGUCCAGGAGAUCAUCAAUCUGGAUUUCCCAUAAGAAAGCUUUUAGAGGCUAGUGGGCAUGCGUGGUAAAAUACCACACUGUGCCCAUCUCUAGGAAACCAUCUGGCUGAAAUAGCAGAGUUUUACUCCGCUAUUUGUACAGAAGCACCUCUAGUGGCUGUCAGAGUGACAACCACUAGAGGCAUUUAAACCUGGCACUGUAAAUAUUGCCAAUCCUGCAGAACGCAAUAUUUUAAGAUGCUGUGUUAAAUCUACAGGGAAAUGGUACCCAUACCACUUAAUUGAGAAGAAAUGGACCGGGUGCCUAUAGUGUCCCUUUAAUAUUUACACUUGCUGGAAAUGUUCUUACUGAAUGUAUAGAUUCAGUGUUAUUGCUUGAAGGGGAUUAGUUAUCCCCCCAUAUUUGUGAAUAACAAAUCUUUUUUUUUUUUUUUAAGUUUUAAAUGCAUUUAUUUGAUUUUACUGCUAGCAAACGUAAACAGAUUUAAUAAAACUUAGCGGUUAGUGUUAUAGUUUCAUCCAAACUGUGAUAUCAAGACGGAGUCCUCCUAUGCAAAUCAAUCUUUUGUGAAAGUUAAUUUGCAUAUUGCAAAAAUAUGCCCAUUUGCAUCCUUUCAUUUGCUUGAUUUAGAUUGCCUCGACAAUAGUAAGCACACAAGAUACUGAUAUUUAUUUUCAUAAUCAAACAUGGAAUGAUGACAAAUGUAAAUGGGACUUUAAAGGGACACUAUAGUCAUCAGAACCACUUCAGCUUAAUGUAGUUGUUUUGGUGUCUAUAGUCAGUCCCUGCAGACCUUUCAAUGUAAACACUGCCUUUUCAGAGAAAAGGCAAUGUUUACAUUGCUGUAUAGUAAAACCUCUAGUGACAGUCACUCAGACGGCCACUAUAGGUGCUUCCUAGUUCAGUGCUGCACCGUAUACAGAGCGUGGAGAUGCUGAAUGUUCCCCAUAGAGAUACAUUGAUUCAAUACAUCUCUAUAAGAGGAUGUUGAUUGACGCAGCAUGGCGUUUUGCUGCACAUGCCCGUAAGCCUCCCAAUGCUUUCCUAUGGGAAAGCAAUGGAUUGGCUGAGAUCAUCAAGAUUGAUAAUCUCAGCCAUGGAAGCAUGGUCUGUCAGGGCAAGACCAGUGCGGUUUGGGAGAAAAGGUAAAUAAAAACACCUAUUUACGGCAUAGAGAAUACAUGUUUGUAUUCCUGACACUAUAGAGUUCCUUUAACCACAGAGCUUCUCACCAGCCUGGACUCUGGACACUUGCAGCAGUUGUAACCGAACAAAAGGUAGCAUGUUGUGUUCCAGUGUAAAUCUUUUCACUGCCAGGGCUGGUUCCAAUUGGCUCUGAGAAUUAUGGGUAAAUAAGCUUUCGCAUUAGGAUUUUUUUUAUUUCUAAACUUUAUGAUUGGAUAUGUUAUCAUUUAAUAUUUAUUUGGGCUAUAUUAAUACUGAAUUAAAAAGCUGAGUUCAUCUUAUCUCUGAUACUAGAGAUGAGCCUGGUCAUUUCACAGCCCAUGGUUGAAGUAAAUUCUGGAAACACUUCCAAAGAAGAGCAAACCUCCCCAAUGAUGUUGAUAUGUUGGCUUUAUUGUCUGCACUUUGGAGGUGACCUGGAUAUCCAUAUUCGUAUACAUAUUUGUCACGGCUUGACCGGCACGAUCGGCACGACAAGCUCAGCUUACCUGCUCGGCGGCGAGCCGAAAACCGCUCCCCGCGUUCUCUCUCCAAAACAAAGAUGGCGCCGACCAUGCGGUCGCGUCCAUCCGUGGCUCCGCCCCCCCAAGUAUACUAACAUGCAUAUGACGUCACGAUGUCAACGCACGCACACGUUCUGGGGUCAGAGGUCACCCUCUCACCAAUCAUAGGCUAGAGAGGGAUAUUUAAAUCCCUGAUUCACCCCAGUACCUUGGAGAGCAAACAAUGGGUCGCAAAAGUAUUCUGAGAACGGACAGCAGCUAAAAUAGCCUGCCCUUCGGUGGGUCCCCGCUCAGAACUCAUGCUGGUUUUAGCUCAACUUGUGCCAUUACAGAGAGAACAUAUCUGAAGCAUAUCAGACUGGUCCCACCCAUACGGGCAGUCCAGACCCGAAAUGCCAGCAAGUUCUCUCUGCACGAGAGAUACAGCAACCCCAGACGAUCGUUUCAGCCUUGUUAGGCAUCGUCAGUGAGGCAUAGCUGAUAUCUCUCUAGGCACCGUGAGCAAGGGGUCCACGUCUGGAUUACCCUUUAGACUAAUGGAGAGCAAACAAUGGGUCGCAAAAGUAUUCUGAGAACGGACAGCAGCUAAAAUAGCCUGCCCUUCGGUGGGUCCCCGCUCAGAACUCAUGCUGGUUUUAGCUCAACUUGUGCCAUUACAGAGAGAACAUAUCUGAAGCAUAUCAGACUGGUCCCACCCAUACGGGCAGUCCAGACCCGAAAUGCCAGCAAGUUCUCUCUGCACGAGAGAUACAGCAACCCCAGACGAUCGUUUCAGCCUUGUUAGGCAUCGUCAGUGAGGCAUAGCUGAUAUCUCUCUAGGCACCGUGAGCAAGGGGUCCACGUCUGGAUUACCCUUUAGACUAAUGGAGAGCAAACAAUGGGUCGCAAGAGUAUUCUGAGAACGGACAGCAGCUAAAAUAGCCUGCCCUUCGGUGGGUCCCCGCUCAGAACUCAUGCUGGUUUUAGCUCAACUUGUGCCAUUACAGAGAGAACAUAUCUGAAGCAUAUCAGACUGGUCCCACCCAUACGGGCAGUCCAGACCCGAAAUGCCAGCAAGUUACAGCAACCCCAGACGAUCGUUUCAGCCUUGUUAGGCAUCGUCAGUGAGGCAUAGCUGAUAUCUCUCUAGGCACCGUGAGCAAGGGGUUCACGUCUCUUGCAACCCAUUUUUGACUCUCUACAAGUUUAAAGGGAUAAUCCAGACGUGGACCCCUUGCUCACGGUGCCUAGGGAGAUAUCAGCUAUGCCUCACUGAUGAUGCCUAACAAGGCUGAAACGAUCAUCUGGGGUUGCUGUAUCUCUCGUGCAGAGAGAACUUGCUGGCAUUUCGGAUCUGGACUGCCUGUAUGGGUGGGACCAGUCUGAUAUGCUUCAGAUAUGUUCUCUCUGUAAUGGCACAAGAUGAGCAAAAAUCAGCUUGAGAACUGAGCGGGGACCGACCGAAGGGCAGGCUAUUUCAGCUGCUGCCCGUCCUCAGUAUUCUCUUGCAACCCAUUUUUGACUCACCCCAGUACCUUGCCCUAUCGUGGUUUCCUGUCCUGGUUCCCGAGAGUACGUUUAUCCUUGCUGUAUUUGUGAGUUCUGGUAUUUUGGCCUUGGCUAUUCCUGAUUACUCUGAUUUCUGGUUCCCCUGACUUGGCUUGUUUAACGGCAUUUUUGUAUUUCUGGCUUCCUUGACCUCGGCUUUCCCUUGACCAUUCUCUGUCUCUAACGUAUUAGUCCGGCCAUUCUAAGGACCGGUUUACGUUCUAUCCUUUUUUAUUUCCUUUCUAUUUUUUAUGUUAAUGUUACAUAGUUCUGCGUGUUUGACCACACUAGCAGUCGUGACAUUACGACAGCGCCAUGGAUCCUGCAGAACUAUGUAAGCAUAUAAUAGCAUGUGAACGCAGGGUGGAGGAUAAGGACCACAGGUUGGAUCAGUUUGCCCAAGCAUUCCAGACCUUGCUUCAGAGAACUGCUUAUCUCGAGGCACCUCCAGUACAACCGGUAGCUCAGCCACCUAUUCCUGCACCUGUGGUAUAUAAACCUCCAUCCAUAACCCUUUCUCCUCCCCCUCGUUUUGGAGGUGAUUCCAAGGAGUUCAGAGGUUUUCUGAACUUAAUUGAAUAUAAUUUUGAAGCUUCCCCUGGCUCCUUCCCAACAGACAGGUCAAAGAUUGGCUAUCUUAUGAAAAAAUUUACGGGCAAGGCCUCAACGUGGGCCAAUCUCUUAUGGGAAAGCGGUAAUUCCAUUGCCCGUGAUUAUAAUGAAUUCUAUAAUGAAUUUUUAACGGCAUUUAGAGCUACCUUUGAACUUAAGGGAAGAGAGAAAAACGCUGCUAAAGCCUUAAUGAGAAUAAAGCAAGGCACCGGCUCUGUAGCUGACUACGCCAUUGAGUUCAGGACAGGUGGAUUGGACUAACUGGUGGCUGCAUUUUCUGAAGGUUUGGCUGAAAAUAUACAGGAUGAGACCGCAGCCAGAGACCUUCCGGUAAAUCUCAAUGAUUAUAUAACAUACAUGAUUGAUAUUGAUAAUAGGCUCUGAGAAAGAGAGAAAAACAAACAGCGUACUAGACGUACCAACUUACCUAUAGCCCCUCGUUUCUCCAGCCCAGUAAUAGUUAACCCUGCUCCACCUCCAGAAGUUGAGCACAUGCAAUUGGGCAUUGCUAAGCUCACUGAGGCAGAGAGACAACACAGACGUAACGAGGGGUUAUGUCUAUAUUAUGGAAAACAGGGACAUCAAAGGCUCUCACGUCUGGCUCGGCCGGAAAACUUGCGCACCUAAAGCACGUUCGGGGACCGACCUUAGGUGUGAUGUAUAUGUCCCCCAAAUUGACUAAGAACCGUUUCCUUGUUAAAAUUACUCUGCAUUGUAAGAGAACUACUGUUCAGAGUGAGGUCAUGAUUGACUCUGGGGCAGCGGAGAAUUUCCUUGACAAAGAAUUCUCUGCUAAACAUCUCCUGCCAUUAAGGCAGUAAGAUAGACCCAUAGCAGUGGAAGCUAUUGGUGGGAGACAUCUUACCCAGCCUCUCAUCAUGCGGGAAACAUUGCCAAUCACAGUCUCAAUAAUCAUCUUACAUUCUGAGGAAAUGGUUUUCCAGGUUAUAUCUUCCCCUAACUGUCCUAUAAUACUCGGUUUUCCAUGGCUCCAGAAACACAAUCCACGUCUAGAUUGGGUUAAAGGAGAAAUUGUUGCAGAGGUCAUUGUAUACACCAAAUGCCACAACGUGUUGGUACCAUCAAUGUACCUACGACACCUCCCUUAACCAUGAAAAUUCCUCUGCGGUAUUUAGACUUAAAGGAAGUCUUCAACAAGGUUCAGUCAGAGGUAUUACCACCGCAUAGACCCUAUGACUGUGCCCUAAAUUUAUUACCAGUCACUAUGCCCUAGGAGUUUAUGCGCUGUCUCCUCAAGAAAAUCUCUGCUUAGAGGAAUAUAUUAAAGAUGCCCUAAGAAAGGGUCACAUACGAAGGUCCUUUCACCUGCUGGGGCUGGGUUCUUCUUCGUUUCCAAAAAAGAAGGAGACCUACACCCUUGCAUCGAUUAUAGGGGUCUGAAUAAAAUAACGAUUAAAAACGCCUACCCAAUUCCCCUUAUUUCUGAGCUAUUUGACAGGUUGAAAGGUGCCAGAGUAUUCACCAAACUCGUCCUAAGGAGUGCAUGCAACCUAGUCAGAAUUAAGGAAGGACAUGAGUGGAUGACAGCGUUUAAUACUAGAAUGGGACAUUAUGAAUACCUGGUUAUGCCGUUUGGUUUGUGCAACGCCCCAGCGGUAUUUCAGGAUUUUAUAAACUAUGUUCUUAGAGAUUACCUCCACAUGUUUGUACUGGUGUUUCUAGAUGACAUUCUUAUCUAUUCCCCAGACCUAGAAACACAUCACGAACAUGUGAGAAUCGUGUUAAAAACCCUGUUAGAGAACAACUUAUAUUGCAAACUUGAAAAAUGCCAGCUUGACCAGACUGAAAUACAAUUCCUUGGAUAUGUAAUAUCCCCUUCUAGCUUCAAAAUGGACCCACGCAAACUGGAGGCAGUAUUACAAUGGCCGUUACUUAAAGGUCUUAAAGCUAUACAGCGCUUUGUAGGAUUUGCUAAUUAUUACCGCAGAUUCAUUAAGGGUUUUUCAUCAGCAAUCGCUCCCAUCACUAAUCUUACCAAAAAAGGAGCCAACUGCAAUUCUUGGCCAAAAGAAGCAAAGGAGGCAUUUGAAACAUUUAAAUCUUUAUUUGCUUUUGCAUCUGUUCUGAUGCACCCCGAUCCGACCAAACCUUUUAUUUUAGAAGUAGAUGCGUCAGAGACAGGAGUGGGAGCCAUUCUGCCUCAGCGAGAGAGUCCUGAUGUGCCUUUACAAGAGAUUGUCCUCCUGACAGGCUAGAUGGUCAUUAUUUCUCUCCCGUUUCAAUUUUGUCAUUACAUACAGGCCCGGGACCAAGAACACUAAGGCAGAUGCGCUGUCUACACAGUUUGAGACAGAUGAGGUUCCUGAACAAGAGGUAUUCCCAGUCGUACCUCCAGAAUGUCUUAUUGCUACUACGGUUUCCGAUCAAACUCAGGCACCCAUUGAGAAACCUCCGGACAAACUGUACGUUACACCAUUGUUGAGGAAAAAAGUAUUUGGAUUAUUUCAUGAUAAUCUGACAGCAGGACAUCCUGGAAUACAUAAAACUCUCUGCUAUUUCUAGGAAAUGUUGGUGGCCUACACUUAGAGGUGACGUUAAAGACUAUGUAGGGCAUGUUAAAUAUGUGCUGUUUCUAAAACAUCUCAUAAAUCACCCCCUGGGUUGCUACAGCCACUUCCAAUACCUGAAGUUCCAUGGACCUAUUUAGCCAUGGAUUUCAUUGUGGCUCUCCCCAGUUCUAAUGGAUAUAACACCAUCCUCAUGGUUGUAGAUAGAUUCUCCAAGAUGGCACGUUUUAUACCUCUUAAAAAAUUGCUCAAAGUGAUGGACGCACACUAAGCGAGCUCCGCGAUCACGGGCUUGAAAAAGCGGCUAAAACAACCCUUACCGGGUGCAUCCCCUGCCCACCAACGCUCACACAAUGUCCCAGCACCGGACGAAAAAGGCUACGGAGGCAAAAGAAAAAAAUGCCUUCUUCACAGCCCGCACGCCGCAACAUAAAACCGCCGACCCCCAGAUCCAAGAUGGCGCCGGCCAAGAAUGCGAAAUAGAACGCGACGAAAUAGUAAGCAGACAAGAUGACUGCCCCCUGACCCAAAAUCUCCUGCAAACUAUGUUAGAUGCAGCAGUCACCAAAAUGCAAGCUGCUGUCACCAAUGCUUUAAAUGACAUAAGGAAAGGCUUAAAAGAGAUAGAAGCUAGGGCCUCCCACCUGGAGGACAGCAUGGAAAGCCUCACCGGGGCCUGCAAUGCUGCUGACACACGCCUCAGUAUACUUGAAGAACAAAUGCACAGACAAGAGACCAAAAUGGCGGAUGCCGAAGACAGAUCACGCCGCAAUAAUAUACGGCUGAGAGGGGUACCAGAGGAUAUUUCCACGCUUUACUACCUGAUAUCCCCGCAGAAAUGUUUCUACUAGACCGCAUCCACAGACUCCCCAAGCCUCAACACCUACCGCUUUCCACACCGAGAGAUGUCCUUAUGAGACUCCACUACUACCACAUCAAAGAACAGAUCCUACGGGCGCACCGCACCAAAAAGGACUUACCUACCCAAUUCCAAGACAUACUCCUGUUCAUGGACCUAUCAGCAGAGACGCUACGCCGCAGACGAUCCUUCAAGGUCGUGGCAGACACGCUGAGGCAAAACCGAGUGCCAUACAGAUGGGGCUAUCCAGCCAAGCUGCUCAUAACAAAGGGAGGAAAAAUCAUCCCGGCUGCUACACCGACGGAAGGACUGAACCUCCUGAAGCAGUGGGGUUUAUCCCACAACACACAGCCAAACCCCAGAAACCCCGGUAAACGCACUUCUCCGAGAGAGGACUGACCGUACCCGAUAAGAAACAGCAAGUUCGCAACAUGUUUGCUUUGUUACCUAAAUGUUAUAUCCUAGGUUAUAACGUAUGUUAAUGUCAUGUUUAUUACUAAUUGGCACCCUUAUGAUAUGCCCUCGAAUGACUCCCCUUGGUGAAGGGAGCGGCAUUGAGCACGCCGCCACACUAGGCCUAGCCUAACAACCUCGCCCUGUUUACAUAGGGUGCACAUCCCUCUCUUUUCCUUUAUUAGUUUGGCGGCUGUCCCUCGCGGACACAGCCUCCUCUAAAACCACUUAAGCCCUACUAUACCCACAGCGGUGCUGAGCGCUCCAAUCAUUACACACCAACCUUUCAGGCAGGGGAGAUGCCCCGGAAUCACAUAGGGCCCGUAGCGAUCUACGCUCAAACCGAACCGCCCACACUACCCCCACCUAGGAAGUGCCAUAGCGAAGGCACAUACCCUUUAAGACACCUUGUAAGAUACUUUCUUUGUUUACUGUUUAACCGUUUAUAUUUUUAUUUUGUUAUUCUGUGCUGGAAAAUUUGAUUGAUUUCCUAGUUGCACCUAGCUCCUACCAGACCGUGAAUACUCGUUGCUGAACCACACGGUCGCCCACGCCGGACGAGCUGAUCAACCCCUCGACUCCCCAAGACUGAGACUGUUUCCCUUCCCGCCUCCACACCACUUAACUGCCCCACACGACUCCCUAAUAUUAUCCACAUACACAAUAUACACCACUCACGGAAAAUGAAGUUACUUACCCACAACGUAAGAGGUCUAAACUCACCCAACAAACGACACACCCUCCUUAAAGAACUUAAUAACACGCACGCAGACAUCGUCUGCUUACAGGAGACCCACUUCAAACAGGACUCCAACCCCGUCCUGGAUCUCAAAUCCUAUCCACACCAGUUUCAUUCCACCUCCCCAACCAAAAGUAAAGGUGUAACGAUACUGAUAAGCCACUCUAUAGCCUUUGACCUAAUCUCAAUCGACUCUGAUCCGAAAGGUCGUUACAUCAUUUUAAUCUGCACCUUAAAUAACUCAACGUACACGAUAGUGAAUUCUUACUCGCCAAAUGACAACCAAGAGACCUACCUAGCUCACCUGCUUGACAAAGUUGAGAAAAUCCAAACGGGCACCACGGUCAUUUGCGGUGACUUCAAUCACAUACUAGACCCUGAUACAGACUCCACAGCCCGACACACAUCGUCACGCAAGAAAUCACUACACAAGAGCUGCAACUCCAUAAACAAACUACUGUCAGCACAUGGACUAUACGACAUUUGGAGGAUUCUCCACCCCACUAACAAGGAAUACACCCACUACUCCCAAGUACAUAAUACCUACUCCCGGAUAGAUGGGUUCCUCCUGCGCUCCGCGCACCUUCAACUAAUACGAACGUGUGACAUAGAAACAUCCACGAUCUCGGACCACAAUCCGGUGUCGCUGGUCCUAGCAGACUCGUACCAAUUCAAACACCGCAGCCCCUGGAGAAUGAACGAACAUCUCCUUAACGAACCCUCUUUCCUAAAGCAAGUGAGAGACGAAAUGACUUCAUACUUCACAACCAAUAGCCCUGCAGACACGACCCCGGCCACCCUGUGGCUAGCCCACAAAGCUGUCGUUAGAGGCAUCCUGAUAAGUAGAGCAGCCCAUCUUAAAAAAUUGAACUACUCCUCAAUGCUUUCGCUCCUUAAGAAGAUCCAAGACCUCCAUAGAUCAAACCAAGCAAACCCCACAAAAGCACUCCAGCAGCAAAUCCAAUCCACGCAAGACUAAAUUAACGCCAUACACCUCCGCAAGGCAACGGCUGCGUUGAAAACGCUAAAAGCCACAUCCUACUCAAUGGGCAACAAAGCUACAAAAACAUUGGCGCACAGACUUAGAGAUCAACAGACACAAACUAGAAUACAAUACAUAAAAACACACACUGGUCACAAAGUACUGCAACCCUCACAUAUAUGCAACGAAUUUGCCCACUACUAUGGCUCUCUAUACAACUUGAAAGACGACCAGAAUGUGCCCAGACCCUCACCGACAUCCAUUAGGUCUUACCUCAACAAACUCGCACUCCCCACUAUAAACGCACAUCAAGCGACACAGCUCAGUGCCCCAAUCACCUUAGAAGAAGUCCUUCUCCACAUUGAGGCACUGCCCAGAGGUAAAGCACCAGGCCCAGAUGGGUACACCAACACAUACUACAAGACAUUCAAACACGAACUUGCCCCUUCCCUUACCCAUUUCUUCAACGAAGCAACUACCCAGAGCUCCUUCCCCAUUGAGUUCCUGUCAGCCCACGUAAUCACGAUACCCAAACCGGGAAAGACCCCAACUGUAUGCCAAAAUUUCAGACCUAUCUCACUGCUUAACGCAGACGCUAAACUCUACGCGAAAAUCCAUGCUGACCGACUUAAAGCAAUACUACCCUCCCUCAUACACACAGACCAGGUGGGUUUCGUGGCGGGCAGACAGGGCCCGGAUAACACCAGAAAGGUCCUGAACCUACACCAUCUCCUAAAACACACCAACACAGAGAGCAUUAUGCUAUCACUUGACGCCGAAAAGGCGUUCGACCGCCUCAACUGGCACUUUCUACACGAAGCCAUGACCCUCUACGGCUUUCCACCGACCUUCCUGUCAGUCAUACAGGCUCUAUACAGCAACCCCACAGCGACAGUUCUGACCUCGGGGUUCUGCUCGCAACCCUUCCCGAUAACCAACGGCACCCGCCAAGGUUGCCCACUGUCUCCCCUCCUAUACGUCCUGGCCCUAGAACCCCUGUCCAUAGCCAUCCGUGAGAAUAAUAACAUACACGGAGUCCCACUUGGCCAACAGGAAUAUAAGCUCAAUCUAUUCGCAGAUGACAUAUUACUCACACUCACCCAACCACUCAUUUCUCUUCCCUCCCUACACAAAGAACUACACGCAUACAGCCAACAAUCCUACUACAAACUCAACAUCACCAAAACGCAAGCAAUGUGCCUCAACAUGCCCAGAACCACUGAAAAUGUCCUUAAAGCGGCACACGAUUAUGACUGGAGAACAGACUUCCUAACGUUCUUAGGCAUCAAGAUUACCAACAAAUCCACCGAUCUAUUUACAGUGAACUACGCAAAACUACAAAGGGAAAUUGAACAACUACUUCGUAGAUCUAUUCCUAUCAUGGGUCGGAAAGAUAGCUGCUAUCAAGAUGACAGUACUCCCUAAACUCUUAUAUCUCUUUCGGUCCUUGCAAAUCAAGGUCCCACAGAGCUACCUGACAAAAAUGCAAGCAAUCCUCCUCCGUUUCUUCUGGGGUGGAAAACACCCCAGAGUACCUAAAGCCCUGCUCUUUAGACACGUACAACAAGGGGGAAUGGUUUUCCCUAACUUAAAAUCAUACCACCAAGCAGCCCUACUCACAAACGUCAUUAACGCUCACACCACGAAACAACCCCCACAAUGGGUAGCGAUGGAAAGCCUACUCUGUACAAACCACGACCUCUCCUCCACCUUAUGGACUCCCAAACAUGCAAGACCGAAAUGCUCGGACCUGCUGCCUACCACCAGGCUCUUAAUAUCCACAUGGGAUACCUGCAGGGAAAAACUAUGCUCAGCGCAUCCAUGGGCACUAGCAGCCCCAACCAAAACACUACACCACUGCAAUGGCACGUUCCCUCACCACAAAUGGGAAGACAAAGGCAUCACACACAUGUAUCACCUCUACACGCCCGAAGGCCUGAAACACUUCCCAGACCUCCAAACCGAAUUUACACUCCCAUCAAACUUCACGUUCUCAUACCUUAAAUUAAAGGCCUUACUGCAAAACAACACGAUCCACAGCAGAAAACCGACUUUACAGACCACAGCGACGAAGUUCGAAAUGCACUGCAUGGCAGCAUCACCCCCUAAAAAAGCGCUCUCCACCUGCUAUAACGGACUAACAAACCUCAAAACAGAAAGCACAUGGAAAUUUAUGAAAGACUGGCAGGAAGACCUCCAAGAAACGAUCUCCCCUCGAGAAUGGAAGAAAAUCUUCACAGCGCAUGAAGGUAUGUCCUCCUGCGCGGCCCACUUUGAAACUUCACGCAAACUGCUGUAUAGAUGGUAUAUGGUACCCGCACGACUACACUCCAUGUACCCAGGUUCGUCGGACAUAUGCUGGCGAUGCAAUUCUCACAGAGGCACGAUGCUACAUGUAUGGUGGUCCUGCCGCACGGUAAACGAACUGUGGAAGAAGACUGAACAAAUGAUCCAAGAAAUUACGGAAUACUCCCUGCCUCACGAGCCCAAAACGAUUCUCCUGCGAUCACUACCUGAAGCUACCCCCAAACCAGCUAAAAAAAUGAUAUUCCUUAUACUGAGCACAGUCUCCACCCUAAUAGCCAGAAAUUGGAAGACCUCAAACCUCCCCUCAACCCAGGAAAUCACCGCCUUGAUGUCAACAACAGUGGACUACGAACUCCGAAUGUGGCACCUAUUGAAAAUCGGAAAGUUAAGUCCAUCCAUCGCCGAGAUGUGGCGAACCUACCUUUCGACAAGGAUCCCACCAACACAACCCUUAGCCUAAUGCGAAGAGAGGCAAAAAAGAGACAAACCACAUGAUCCUCUUUCUACUGGGAGCAGCAAACCCUGCCCACUGCCCACCCGAUACACCACUAACACCCACGACUAUACACGACUUGAGACAUACCUCCACUCCCCCUGACGCUCCCGACGGAUGUCGACCACAUUGGGGCUACAAUACCUCUAGCACCAAGUUCUCAACCCUCACCCUCAUUCUCUACCCCCCACUCUCAUCCCCACUCUCACCCUCCAGCCUUGACUAAAAGCCUUAUGAAAGUAUAAACCAUUACGCACCUGGCCCCAGCUCGACACCUUACACACAACAUGAGAGAAAGGUAGCUUAGACGAGUACCUCUCAGGGACUAGGUCACUGAAGUAUAGUACAUUCUGAUCCCCGCUGCAACAACAGCAAUCACAUCCCCACUUAUUCAGAAAGGGGACCCCCUAUCGAAAGCGGAUAGUGAACACUCAUCGUGUUUAUCCACAACGGGAACAUACAUCAGUUCUAACAGGUCUCCCCUAAAGGAAUCCCACUAAAAGACGAUACACACAUUGGCAACGAAACAGCCCUCUUUCGGCAAAUAAGAGAAAGCACUCAAUUAACAAAAAGAGAUGAUUCCUCGAACCCUAUGCAGACAUCCUACACGAAACAACAGUGCUAUAAGCACCAAUUAGACUAAACCCUUCGAGCUCCCCUCCACGCCUUAUCUUUAUUCCCCUACGCAAAAUGGGAAAUUAUUAUAAAUAAUAGAGUUAAAGCCAAUAACCACUUACACAAAGUUCCCGCAGUCAGACGUGCCAUAAAGGGUGAUCUGCCCAGGGAACGAAAGUUUAUGUAAUGUGAACUAAAAAAUACAAGAUGUAAUGUUUCUAUUUGCUAUAUGAUUGUUAUGCUCGAAAUGCGAAACUACAAGGUACUAAACUAUCGGCUUUUUCCCCCCCAUAACCACCCCUUCUCUUCUGUACCCCUACAAAUUUGAUGAAAAUAAAUAAAAAUUGUCAAAUUCAAAAAAAAAAAUCUUGUCCAAAGUUUCAUAAAAUAAAUCUUUCGCUUACAUGGAGUACCAAGAAACAUAAUUUCCGACAGAGGUACCCAAUUUAUUUCUAGGUUUUGGCGUGCCUUCUGUAAGCAAUUGGGUAUAGAACUUUCGUUUUCCUCUUCGUAUCACCCUCAAACUAAUGGUGCAGCGGAGAGGACCAAUCAGUCUUUAGAACCAUAUUUACACUGCUUUAUCGAUACCAAUCAGUCCAACUGGUAUGAACUUUUGCCCAUGGCUGAAUUUGCCAGGAAUAAUGUGACUCAUGAAUCUUCCAAUCAUAGUCCAUUUUUUGGAAAUAAUGGUUAUCAUCCCACUGUUUUACCUUCUGAAUAUUUGGGCACUGAUAUUCCUGCUUUGAACGCCUGUUUAACUUCUAUCCAAGACACGUGGGAUUCGGUUCAUUUGGCACUACAGAAUGCAUCAAGACGUGCUAAAGUCCAUGCAGACAAGAGACGGGGUGCCAAUCCUGUCUAUCAAGUGGGAGACAGGGUCUGGUUAUCCAUGCGUCAUAUCAAGCUCAAGGUUCCUUCCAUGAAGCUUUCGCCUCGAUACAUAGGUCCUUUUCAUGUCAUUCAUCGUAUAAACCCCGUGACUUAUUCCUUGGCAUUCCCUGCGCAUAUGAUAAUUGCCAAUUCAUUCAAUGUGUCGUUGCUUAAGCCCCUCACUUGCAAUCAAUACACUAAAAUGGUUGUUCCUCCUCCACUAUUGGUGGAAGGUGAUAAGGAGGAAUACGAAGUUCACUCUAUAUUGGACUCCAAGAUCACUAGGGGUGUUGUGUCUUAUUUAGUUGACUAGAAGGGAUAUGGUCCGGAGGAACGUAGUUGAGUUCCUGCCGACCGGGUUCAUGCUCCCCGUCCCCGUUCAUGCUGCCCUGGACCGGCACGAUCUCAUCGACAAGCUUAGCUUACCUGCUCCUCGGCGGACCGGGAACCGUUCCUCCGAGUUCUCUUACCAAAACAAAGAUGGCGCCGACCAUGCGGUCGAGUCCAUCCAUGGCUCCGCCCCCCAAAAUUAUAUUAAUGUGCAUAUGACGUCACGAUGUCAAUGCACGCGCACGUGCUGGGGUCAGAGGUCACCCUCUGACCAAUCAUAGGCUAGAGAGGGAUAUUUAAAUCCCUGAUUCACCCCAGUACCUUGCCCUAUCGUGGUUUCCUGUCCUGGUUCCCGAGAGUGCAUUUAUCCUUGCUGUAUUUGUGAUUUCUGGUAUUUUGACCUUGGCUAUUCUUGAUUACUCUGAUUUCUGGUUCCCCUGACGUGGCUUGUUUAACGGUAUUUGUGUAUUUCUGACUUCCUUGACCUCGGCUUUCCCUUGACCAUUCUCUGUCUCUAACGAAUUAGUCUGGCCAUUCUAAGGACCGGUUUACGUUCUAUCCUUUUUUAUUUCCUUUCUAUUUUUUAUGCUAAUUUUACAUAAUUCUGCGUGUUGGACCACACUAGCAGUUGUGACAAUAUUCCACCGGUAAGCUGAAGAUGCUUACUGAAUGACUGACUGUCACUCAUGUACCAAUCUGGCAAAUUGCCGGCAUAGCUAUUUUCUGUCGUGGAUUUGGAAAGAAAAAGAGAUAUUGAUGGAGCAAAGUGCAUUGAGAUGACUGCCUCAAGUAAGCUGAGUUAAACUUCUGAACAGUACUGCUUCCCUUAAAACCAUGGCAUUUAUAUGGAGACCUGGUACAUAAGCAUUAGAUGCCUGAACACAAGACUGUUCUUUAGGACCAAACCCUUUUCAGAGAACUAAAUAUUGCAGCUUAUUGAUGCUGAGGAAUCAACAAUGAAUUACACUUUGAAUUACUACUGGCCGCCAAAGAGAAUUGGAGCAGGGGAUUGAUAGAAGUAGUGGAACAGUUGUAAAUUGAUGAUUUGAGAAGAGAUACGUGAAAUGAAACCUUGGAUUUACUGCUCCAGAGAUGGGGUGGAACACUCGGCGGACACAGAAGAUCUCACAAACCAUUAGACAAACUGGCUGCUACCAUGGGACUGGCUACUACCAUGGGACACCUAUGCAAGCAGAACAACUACUUAGAAAAAAUGUUAGACAGCUUGGCAGCUGUAAUGGGUAUAGUUAACAGUAUGCGGUGUGCCAUUUUAGAAAAUUUGCUGUUGACCAUGAGGAUCACUUUGUGCCCUCUGUAAUGCAUAGUAUCAAAAAUAAAAUUAAUAAAGAAGAGUUCAUGAUCUAUGCUAAUGUUACAUAGUUCUGCGUGUUGGACCACACUAGCAGUCGUGACAAUAUUCCACCUCUGCCUGAAGAAGUGGUUUUAUCAGAGUCCAUACAGAUGUUUAAACAGCUACUAGAUGCAUACUUGCAAAAACAGAAUAUUCAAGGAUAUAAUCUUUCAAUGUAGGGUAAUAACUGCUUGAUCCAAGGAUAAAUCUGACUGCCAUUCUGGGGUCAAGAAGGAAUUUUUUUCCUAGCUUGUUGCAAAAUUGUGCUUCAAACUGGGUUUUUUUGCCUUCUUUUGGAUCAACAGCAAAAAACAAAUGUGAGGAAGGCUGAUUCUAUCUCUGUUCAGCUACGUAACUAUGUAACUAUUUAUCCGGUAUGGACAGAGUGUUAAGAAGGGCACAAGGCAAAGUGUGAAGAAUUUUGGAUUGGGCACCAACAAUACAAACAAUUAUGGAGUCUUUUAUGUCAUUUGACUGUUGGACACCAAGUUUGGCUUAUAACCAUCAAAGUGGUCUAGGAUAUAUGUAGGUGCAUUGCGGGUUUAGAGAAAUAAAGAAACACCAGAGCAAGGGUUUACGAAGAGUAUGUAUAGCUUGUCAGGUGGUAGAGUAGUAAGGUGGUAGAUAUGUCAGGUGGUAGAGAUGCGCUGUCUAGACAGCGCAUCUGCCUUUUUGAGAAUCCAGAAUACCCUUGAAGAGAAUAAAGGAGAGAGAAAGUAACUUUUACAAUGCUAUCAUUAAGAAGUGUAGGAUGAAUUAUCAGCAUCUGGAGGAUCAAACUGUCUGCAAAGUUACUUUGUUUAUUUCGGGAACCAGGUCAAUGUGUACUCAUAUAAUUAAACAUGACAAGAAAACCAGCCAUCUUACUUGCCUGGAAGAAAAUGUUUCCUUUUUUUUAGCUGGUUGGUCCUUUUAGUAAAUUCCUCUAUUAUUUCAGAAUAAUACUCUGGAAUUGCUCAAGUAAGGGGCCCCAGUGGUGCACAGUGGUCUCUUCCUGUUACCAGAAUGACUUACUGGAACAAUUCAGCCAUUCUCAAAGCAGCUGUAAGGAAAUUAUUAGGGAAUUAUACUAUGGAAAAAGUAUAAAUAACAUCACAGAUGCCUUUUAGAAAUUAAAAACAACCCCCUCUCUGGAAUUAAACUUAGUGUGAUAAGAUGAACUGUUCUAUUCAGUUACAGAAUUACAUUACAUCCCCAUUACUACAAGAGUCAAUGACAAAAAAACACACAAAACUACAGCAUGAUAAUAGCUUGGGUAAAGUCUCCCUCUUUUUGGUACAUCAUGAUCUCUGAUAUAACCACACAGAAGCCCUCAGAAACUGUAGCUCUGUUAAAAAAUAAAAAGGGAAAAGAGCUUAAAUUAAGGUAUGUGCAGAGUUAGAGAAAGAGAAAAAGACAUUAUCUGAAGCCUGUUUGGAAUACGCAGAGGACAUUAAAAUUAAUUCACGUUAGGUUUGGCUAAGGUUAAAGUCCAACUAAGUGCUGAGGUCAGAAGAAAAAUGUGUCUAAUGCUGAACCAAGGUUUAAUCUCUAAGUAAAUACAGUCUCUUUAUAAUGUGUGUAAGUUAUGCUGUUCUGAUGUUCUCACAAUUACUUCGGCCUCCAUUGAGGCAGUUUUGAUUGUACCUGCUGUACAUGCUAGGGGGUUUUCAAAAAUCCACAGAUUCAUCUCAAGCAAAUUAAUGAUCAUUCCUAAGCCUAGCUACACUCCUCAACUCGUUGUUUUUUUUUUUUAUUCUUUAUUUUUAUUGUGCAACGAUUGACAUGCAGGCUUGAGAUGCCAUGACGGCAGCGACAAGCAUAGUAGGAACAUACAUUAAGAUAUUAUGUCAUGGCAUAUGAGGACAGUGCACGUUAUAUGUAUAAUAAAGCAGGCUUAACUGUGGAUCUGAAGAUAAGAUCCGAGUGAUUACAAGUUGAAAGAGAAGUAAGUUAUUACAUGGAGCAUGUGAUAUGCUAGGUAGGAGCUGAGUAAAAUUAAUGAAAACAUUGUAUAACAUAACAUGCUAGGGUUAACACAGGAGACAGUAUGCCAUUGGCCCUCGUCAUCAAUUAUAUGUGGAUGAGAGUGAGAAUAUGAGAAUCCCUGCAUUAAGCCUUGCCUAACUGUGGUGAAAGGGGAUUAGUCGUGGCACUAUGCCAUGUGGGUCACAAAAUAAAACAACGUAAGACAGUGGAGCAUGAUAAUAGCUCUGGGUGCCUGCUCAGCCAGGUGUUGUAAAUCCUCAACUUGUUUUAGUUUCAUAGUUAAAGCUUCAUAAUUGAGAAAAAGUUGCAAACUGGCGGGAGGAAGGAGUAGGUGUCACCAAGAUGCUUUUGCGUCCUCCUAUACACACAGACAGGACAACUCUGGACAAUAUGCACUUUACUGUACAGGUGUCUAUAAGUUUUCCUGCAAAUAUCAGGUGAAUUUAUUUUGAAAAUUUUCCUUCCACCAUUUUGUUCUCAUAUUUUAUAUAGGAUUUACACGUGACAAUUAUUCACUGCCCGUUCCUUCCAAAAAUAUUUAUUGAGCAAUAAUCUUCUAAUGGAAAUUACAUUGGAUAUACAGUGAAAAGCUCCCUCUCGCAGGACAGAUCUUGGUAAGCUACGCGUUUCGGACUGCAGCACGUCCCUUACCUUCCUUGUUCUUCAAAUCACUAGGUGGAUUCAACAGCGUCUUUUUCCUAGCCAAACGCAGAUUUGUUUGUUCCUUUUUCUACUUGGUUUGUAGUGAGAGGAUAAGCUGGUAGUAAUCUUGCAGCAGACAGGCAAAUCCUGAAAUAAUUAUAACGAGCAUCAGUGAGUGGAGUUUUUUACUGUGUACAUGGAACAAAUGUGCCUGGGGGGAAAUCUCCUAAAAUUAGCCCAUUAAAGAUAUUACAAUUAGAGAUUCCAGGAAUAUAUGCCCCAGAGAGCCAAGGUGUCAUUAUGUGUGCUUACAUUUACAAUAAUUCAACUAAUAUUGUUUCUUCUCAAUUUUGCUAAGGUUUCGGAAACCUUGAACAAGACUAAUUUUCCUGUAAUAAUACAUACUGUGUGCGGCAAUGAAACAGGAGAUGGAUGGUAUUUGGAAUCCAGGUCAUCCUACAAUAUGUAACAGCAGAGGGGUAAUAUAGUAGCACAAAGGGGGAGAAUAGAAUCCUUCCUCUGCCAAUCUCUGCAGUCAUGUCUAUGGACUUGCAUGUUACAGACAUAGGCGUUGCGAAGGAUGGAUUUUGGGGGUCUUAAGCCCUGGAUACGGAGCUCUUUAGCCCACAUUCUCCACAGUUGGUGGAAUGAGCAUGUGUAUAAUAGUGUUAGGUUUUUUUAAAUUAUUUAAAAUCAGGCAACUGCUUCCUAUUAUAAAAAGAAAGAUUAGUGGUAUGGUGCUACACCAGGCAACUUAAGGGGAGAAGUUAGUGGCCCCCCAUCUGACUGUCAGGAAGGGAUGCUAUUAGUGAGGUAGCAAGGCGAGGUCGCAUUGAAUGACUGUCUGUGCAGCAUGUGCUUGUUUCUGGCUAUGCUUUUUUUGAUUUCCUGGAGAGCAGCAGUAGCAGCAUGCUAUUCAUGGGUAGAGAGGACAGGGCAGAACAUGGUAAGGUCGUGAGAUAUAUUUACCUCUCUGUCAAUGUAGAAGUCAUUAAGCUUUUCUUUGGUCUCCUGCCCCAGGUGUUUCUGGAUCCUAGCAAUGUCCCUGAUUGCAGCCCUUUUGAUACUAGAUGCUCCGUCAUUGUUCCUAGUACACUCCUGUCACCUAACAAUGGCAACAUGUCAACGAGACAUUGUCGGAAUGCAACUGUAGAAUUCCAUGUAUCACCCAUGGACAUACCUGUAUAAACCUGACACUUCCUCUCCCUGUGUAGUUCUGUGUGUGUUGCUCAGUUAUAUGUGAUUCACCUACUCUGGUACCAUUGUGAUUUCUGGUUCCCUGAUUCAGGUUGACCUUUUCCCAUGCUGGAAUCAUUCACUCUAAUUUGUACCUUGUUUAUGUAGUUUGGCUGUUGGGGGUUAUUUCUUGUGAACUCCCUGGACGUCUUUAUUUAUGUCUGAAAACUACACCUAUUACUUUAAUUUUGCCUCUUUCUAUAUAACGGGGUCUUGACUAUUAAAAGUUUUUUUUCGUUUUGUUUUUUUAAGCAUCGAGUUUAUAUACUAAAACAGCAACUUUAUACAGUGCUAUUCACUUAUAUCUAAAUAACAAACAAAACAAAGUAAAAACUGGCAAUUUAACGAAUUCUAUUAUUCUUUUUAAUAUUCAACUUAGCUCAUCCCUUUGCAGAAGUACUGGGUUUAUACGAUAGUAAAGAUGAUACUGUAUAUCUUGCCUUUUCUUCCAGAAUAGUUACAGCAGAAGCACAAAUACCAUUAACAUUCUUUUUAUUGAGAAGAAUGGGUCAGGUUCAAAUCAAAUGCAACAACAAGCCAUAGAGUGCAACAGUACAUGUACAUAAGGAAUAGUACAAUAAUAAUAAAUAAUACAGACAUGUAAGUGAGCAAAGUCUUUUAUUCAACUUUUUCAAUAAACAAGCAAGGAAUAAACAAUUAUUAUUCUGAGGAUCACAACAUCCAGUUUAGGAGGUGGAGCUAUACAUAGAUCGGCCAUAAAGCAAGCAAGGUCAACAUAAAAAUUAAAAAAUAUAUAAAUGUAUACGGAUAAGAAUUGACCAGAGGAUGUAAUUGCAACAUGUUGCUGUGGGUGGCAGGAAAGGAAGCAAAGCCAAACUCUAGGUUAUAGGGAUGGUGCACCGUCUUUCAAGUUGUAAUGUAGGGGUCCUCAGACAGCAUCGCCCCAAGCCAGUUAGUUCUCCCACUAUUUCUUCACAAGUGGCAGUGGUAAUAAGUCCUGCAUAGAGACCAUGAUUUAUAGAGUAUGGAAACAGCUUGGUUUACGAUAUAGGCCAGUUUUGGCUUUGUGGUGGAACCUCUGAAGUCUACAUUGCAGUAUGAAGUGCAGUCGGUACAAGAAAAGUGUCACGGUGGGCAAAAGCUGUAAUCGUAGAUGUUCUAUGCGUUACGACUGUGGUAGAUGAGUUUAGUGGGGAUGUCUGGGAUUUCACAAUGGACGGUCAAAACGUGCACACAUUCCUGCCACACUGUGGAUAAAGUGGGCUAUGAACUAUGCCUGUACAGCUUUGGUGAUAACCCAAGCCAAUGCCACGAUAUGUUGAGAAUGUGCAUAGUGUGAACCAUGGCCAGAUUAAGAGCCCAGUGGGCCUGGUUCUGACAAUUAUGAGGGGCCUAAUUACAGAAUCUUAUUGACCAUAAACACUAAAACAGUCAUACCUCUCCAGCGUUAUAUAUCUGGUGGAGAUGGUGCCAGAGGGAAACUCAUAGGAUGCAGCUAUAAGAAAACGCAGAUUCUCUUAAAAUAUGCUAAUCUCUCUCUAAUUAAUGCUUUCAUCUUUCAAGUAAAUCCAUUCCCCCUAACAGCAGUGUGUCCAGCGAAGCAGGAUGUUAAUGGGCGGUGUAAAAGGGUGGGCCACUGACACGAAUCACGUGACCAAAACUGCCAAAAGGAGCGAAAAUGCCCAAAAAGGGUGCUUGUCUGCCCAAAGAAUUGGAAGGCCAGCCUGGCAUCAGUGUCCCUAUGUAUCACAGUGUCAGUGUACCCAUGUCACCUAGUCCACUAGUCUCCCCGUGUCUGUGUCCUCAUUGCUCCCAGUGUCCCCAUGUCUCAGUGUGUCCUGUGUCACUAGGAUACUAGGGGACACUGAGAGACAUGGGGACAAAGUGAGACAUGGAGACACAGACACUAGGGACACAGACAUUUGGGGAUAUUAAGAUACUAGGGACACUGAGAAACAUGGGAACACAGACACUGGGAGACAUGGGGACACUGAGACACUAGCUGGGAGGCAUGGAGACACAGACACUUGGGGACACUGAAACAUUUGGGGACACUGGGAGACUAGGGAUACUGAGAGACGGGGACACAAUAGGGACACUGGCUGGGAGACAUGGGGACACUGGGAGGCAUUGGGGCACUGGGACACUGAGAGACAUGGGGACACAGACACUGGGAGACUAGGGGACACUGGGAGCCAUGGGGACACUGGAAGACAUGGAGACACUGUAUCCUUAGUGUCUCCGUGUCCCAAUGUGUCUAUCAAUGUCCCUAUGUCUCACAGCGUGUUUCAGUGUCCCCAAGUGUCUCAGUGUCCCCAAGUUUCCCCAGUGUCUCCAAGCUUCAAAUACCAUUUGUGUCAGUAAAAUACCAGUCAGGGGGAAAAAAAGAAUAGGGUGUAAAAAAAAAAUUUAAAAAAAGUAAUUUUUAAAAACUUUUUUUAAAUGUGCCUAUUCCAUGGGCCUGGGCCUGGGCCUGGAGCUGCAGCUCCAUCAGCCCCUAUGUUAAUCCGACCCUGGUGUGAACAAAGAAGAGCAAACUUGGGUCCGGCCUGUAAUGGGUGGCAAUGGGCAAUAAAUCAACGUAAGCCAGUCCAGCCUGGAGUGUCAAUAGGUGAGAUGAGCAGUCCAGUACAAUGAUGGAGUUUGAUGAAUUAUAGCUAAUGGAUUAUAAUUGGUGUUAGCAGUAAAUCCAAUAUUUUUUCCAUAACUCUUUCUGUAUUGCUCAGGUUUUCUAGCAAAACAGUCUAAGGAUACUUUGAUUUAGUGUUUGUUUUAUAUUUAUAUUUUAUAAUAUUCCAUAACUCUAAAUGUGUUUUGAUCUUCAUAUAUAUCUCUUCUAGAUCAGGCUGUUGGCUGUUAAAUCUUGUUAUUUGCAUUUGAUUAUUUACUUAUUUUCCUUUUCUAGAAAGUUGAAAUGCAUGAGCGAUGGGGAGUCUGUUCCUCCUGAUUGGCCUUACUUUAAAACUAUUGAUCGGAUCUUGUCUAAGCUGCCAGAGCAGAGUGACGGGAGGCAGCAAGCUGGGCCGUCCACUUCUCAAACAGAAGCCUCACAAUCCCCUUCUGCCAAAUCUACGCCCCUCUACUUACCCUACAAUCAGUUUACAUACGAGGAGAGAGAAGAAUGUUUCGAAGAUGAUCAUUCCGAAAGCUCCACCAGUCUGCAGUCAUACAAACUGAGGUAAAUGUUAAUGGAUCUUGCAUGUUGUAGUGUUUUAACACAUUACAGCACUUCUUCAGAUCAUAUCAUUCUAAUAUAGUACAGAAAUCCUAUAUAGUACAUAAAAUGUUACAUCCGUUACUUAACAAGUACACUAAGCAAAUGUGUGUGGCAUCAGCAAAUCAGGUGAACCAAAAAUGGGAAAUAUGGUUUGAAGAAUUUUACAUAAAAUGUAAAAUCCAAACUUUUUUUAAGACUUCCUUAUGGGCUGCUCCUUCCAAUGUUCUACUACACACUAUGUGGUCUAUAAUGUUUAGUUCUCUUUUUAAUACAUACAUUUAUUUGCCUUGGAUAGGAAGGUUAAAGGGACAAUCCAGGCAUUGUAUCAUUGAACAAACACAGCUCAGCUAUUGAUAGCAUUGAGUGAUCUAUACCACAAAGCAAUUCAGCCUGCAAUAAAAGAAGAGGACAACCGGGGCCAGAUGUACCAUCCCCUCUGCCCCAAGGCCAGUUUCUUUCAUGCACCUCCAUAUAGAUGUAUGUAAAUUUGGUGCAUGUGACGGGAUGGGUGAAAUUGACUAGUUUGAGGUAUCAAGUGAAUGUGACUAAGUGGGUGAUUAAAUGAUAAGUGGUUCAGGGCUGUGAGAGCGUGGAGUAUGUGGAGGUUGCAUGUUAGUUGGGACACUACAUGUGUGGUUUGUGUGUGGGGGUUGUGAUCCUUGUUUACAGAUAGCAUGGUCCUCUAGGGUAAACAACAGGCACAGUCCUUUUAUUUUCAUAUAAUCCAGGCACAGUAUAAGUCCACACAGGAGACAGCAGCAAAUGAAACAUAAAUAUAACACAAAUCCCUAUAAACAAAAACCUAGCUCAUCUGAGCACUUACUAACAUCAGGUUCCCUAUCUCUCAGGGGUUAAACUAGAACAAAACAAUAUUGGUUUCACCAACCUAGUGUCUUUGUCAGCUCUCUGCACUCAAGUGCUUAGUCAGCCUGUUGCUUUCCUUUCUACACUCCCAGUGCUCCAAGCCAGCCUUAACUGCUUUCCUUUCUGCACUCCCAGUGCUCCAAGCCAGCCGUGACUGCUUCCUUCUGCGCUCCCAGUGCUCAGUCUCCUUGACUCUCUCACUGGAGAGAACGGCCUCUCUCCUACCUGCUUCCAGGGUGGAAGCCAGCAAUCCCCCUUUACCUGCCUAGCAGGGAGGGGUUUAUUCCCACUGCUACAGCUGAUUAUCUGGAGCUGAGCAGUGGGUUGGAGACAGUUUCAAAAAACUCUGGCCUGGACCUUAUUUCUCCCAGUUGUGUAUAAACUGAGGAGUGGAGCAUUGGCCCACCCUGCUCUCCAAAUGCUCCACCCCAGGGGCCCCCAAAGCAUAGCUUUGUGUUGCACACCACACAUACAACACAUACUUCCCCUGGGGUUAAAUGUUAAAGGCCUCUCACUUUAUCACAGGGCAUUUGACUCUUUGUGGUGUUGCAUGUGUGAGGGUAGGGUAUUCCUCGUCUUGUGGGGUUGCACCUUUGGGUUGGAGGCUGCUUGUAGAACUGCAUAUAUGAGAGGGAGGCUAUUGUGGGGUUGUGUGUUUGUGUGGAUAUGACAGUUUGCAGUGUAGUAUGUGUGUGCAUGUGAAUAGCGGAUGUCUGUUCGUACAUGCUAUAAGAGUAUGGACAGCUGUAGGGUCUGUAGAGUGUGCUUGGGAGAGACAGGGUCUGUAAGGUAUGUUUGGUAUGUUGUGUGUGUUUUAGGUGGAGAGAGGACUGCAGUGUGUGUUGAGAUUAAAUAGCUAUAGCGCCUGCCGUGUGCCUUAAAUAAAGGUAAAAAACUAAAUUUAUCUGCUGUUCUAUAAUUUUUUGGUGGGAGAGGGAAAUGCAGGGGGUAUCUUAGAAUUACAUGCCUAUCGGCACCUAACCUAAAUCCAGUCUGCAUAUGGGCCAAAACAUUAAGCCACAAGGAUUGUUAACUGCCUGGAACACACAGUUGGAGGUUAUCCUGGGGUUAAAAAUGUGCAUUAACUGGCCAUUGGGGGAUCUCCCCUGCCGUCUUAUGCAGGACCGGCACUAUCCGAGCGCCGGCCCCGCUGUGUUCCAUGACGUGCCGGUGGGGAGAUCAAAGAUCUCCCUCACCGGCCCACACGUGGUGUAUUGUGGCCACCGGCAGGGAAGAGAGGGUGGGAGACAGGAGAGGAACCCGGAGGAGCUCUAUCUUGCAGCACCGCCUGUUUCCUCUUGCAAGAUUCAGAGCGUUGCCAUGGCAUCGCUCCGGGUCUUUCGCGAGAGUGAACUCUAGCCCCACAGGCUAGAGUUCACUCACCACUAACACCACCAGGGAUGUCAGCACAGUCCCUCCUCCCAGGCUAAAGGUAAGAAGGGAGGGGGGAUAUAAUCAAUGCUUCUUUAUUUUUUUAAAUUAAUAUAUAGAUAGUAAACUCCCCCCCAACACACAAGCCCUCCAAACAUAUUCACACACCAGCACCCUCACUCACACACACACACUGCACCCCUGGCACUCACAGCACACACACACACACUGCACCCCUGACACACACACACUGCACACUCACAUCGCACCCUCACACACACUGCACCCAUCACUCACACACUGCACCCCUUUACACACACACAGCACCCUUACCCACACACCACCCUCACACACACACUGCACCCCUUUUGCACACACACUGCACCCCUCACACACACACACUGCACCCCUGAAACUCACAGCACCCUUACACACACACACACUGCACCCCUGACACUCACAGCAACCUCAUACACACACUGCACACUCACACACAGCUUCCCCACAUGCACAUAACAUCCUCACUCAAAUACAGAACCCUCACACACACACUGCACCCAUCACUCACACACAGCACACACACAUUGCACCCCUCACACAAACAGUAUUUUUACAAAUUUCAACAAAACACAGUGCGAGCAUGUUUUUAAAGGGACACUCCAGGCACCCAGAUCACUUCUGCCCAUUGUAGUGGUCUGGGUGACACUCCCAUCACCCUUAACCCUGCAAGUGUAAUUAUUGCAGUUUUUAUAAACUGCAAUAAUUACCUUGCAGGGUUAAGUCCUCCUCUAGUGGCUGUCUAUGAGACAGCCACUAGAGGGAUUUUCCGGGUUCUUAAAACACGAAAAGUGUUUUAAAUGGCGCUAGACGUCCUCAGCGUCGCCAGAAUCCCCAUAGGAUGCGCAUUAGGUCUCCCCCACUGACCAAGGGACAUCGGCGUUGGAUUCAUGUAAGUGACUGAAGGGGUUUUAACAUGGGAUAGGUGGUGAGAGGGAAGGGGGUACUGCAGGAUUCUGCAGUGCCAGGAAAAUUGAUUUGUUUUCCUGGCAAUAGAGAGUCCCUUUAAAUUUGCUUGCGCUGUGCAGAACAAAUACAGGGCCUUUUUCUCAUGCUAGAGCUCUGCAGCAGAGCUCUGCGCAUGGUCUGCCCUGGAAGAGCAUUGAACCAACAUGCUCGCUUUGUGAUUGGACGUGCUUGUCACCGGUGAUGACAAAACACACUGUAUCUGGCCCCGCCCCCUUUUAAGUGGUCCGUUGUAAUUAAAAAAUACCCGGGCCGAAUUUUCUUCCCAGUCCGGCCCUGACAUACAGUAUGCAUACAGUAGCUAGUUUAGACAUUGCCAUGAUUAGUUGUGGUCAGAACACUUCCACGAUGAGCAGGACAAACUGCAGCAACUCCAGGAUUGUUUUUCUAAUGUGUGCUCAUUCACUUUGCAAUACAUAAGAUAUAAUUUGUCCCAUAUUUCUCCUUUCUUCUUCAUGUACAAUACUCACUGAAACUGCUUCAUUCAAUGCAAAGCCAGGGUACAGACAGUCAGAUAAAAAGUGUUUAAUUUGGUGUCUUCUCCUGAUGCAGGCUGUUUUGCUUAUUAUAUACGUGUAAUAUAAAAUGAAGCUUCUUCAUUUACCCCUCAACCUGGUUACAUACAGUCAGAUGGUGUCACUUUGGUUUCAGUGAAUAUACAUCAAUAAUGAAAUAUUUUCUGGAAUGGCAGACCAAUUUAAGAGCGCCCUCAAGGUUCCAUUGCUCAGUCCAUGACUCAGUUUGCCAGCUGUGGUGCUAUGAGUCAUUGAAGCACCAGGGGACUGCGAGGGCGCUCUUAAAGUGGUUUGUAUGUGAUGUUGAUAGAGACCUCAAUGCUCAGCAUUGUGAGGUGCACAAGACCAAACAGGGAGAUCUUUUGAUCUUCCUGCUUGCUCAAGGAUGUCCAGGGCCGCCAUAAUCACCUAAUGGGUAACGCGGCUCUGUGUCCAGCUGCAUGUGUGGGGACAUCUGUGCGUAAACCCAACUUCUCUUCCUUAGCGCCAGACUUUAUGCAGAAUGAGUGGUGACGGCUGGCUUCUCAGAGACCCUAGGGACUUUUUUCAUCCAACCAUGAAUUUUUGCUAACUAAUAAGCGAAUGACAAAAUUCGAAACCAAAUAUGGAUAUUUAUUUUCAAUUUUAUUUUACCAUAAUUUGCUGUUUAGUGAAAGUAAGUACAUUAGUGUUCAGAAACGUAAAUGUCUAUGAUUACAAAAUUGCAGUACUAUGCACCAUUGGGGAGCUUUCCGUAGAGGUUUUAGACAUACAUCUUUAAUGCAUUCUGCGGUCCCAUUUAGCAUUGUGUUUGGCGGUGAGGGCAUACAAUGAAUCUGGGAGCUGUGUGUGUAACUGAGGGGAGCAUUGUUCUACAUUGUUCCUUGUCUCAUUAAACUCCUUUAAUCUAAUACUCCACACAUGAGAUAAUGUAUUCCCUGGGAAAGGAGCAGAGAGCAGAGCCGCUGGCGUUCCGGGCUUUGUUGGAAGCAAACAGUAAUUUUUACAUCACUUCCAUGUCCACUGUUUGUCUAGAAUUAUAAUGAGCCUGAUCAGGCAGAAACAGGGCUGUACUGCAUGGUUACAUAGUGAUGUUGGCUUUAACCCAAUUAAUUCCAAAAUCGUGCUCACUGCAAAGGGUUAACUUCUCUAUAGGAAGGAAUGGAACUACCUGCCCUAAGGCACAUAAUGGGGGUUAUAUAACUAAUUAGCUGGUGGCUAGUAAGCCACUGUAGCCACCAGUUACAAUGUGGUUUCUGUAAAUGUAAAAAAAAUUUUGCUCCAUUUUUGGGUGCAAUCUGCAAUAAGGCUUUGUUCACCUAACUGAAACGCACAUUACUGAGCUCAACUCCCAUCACCCUUGGGCAUCUGCAAGGACCAUAGUAUUCAGAUGCAGUUCAAGUUGAAUGAGCAAAACGUUAUCAAUGUAUUGUCACAAACCAAAGUGCUCUCUUGAUUCAAUUAGGUUUUUUGUAUCUCUACAUGCCCAUAAAGUGUAAGCUCCCCUGCCUUAAUGAAUUAGUCUAUGUGAAAAUUGCCCCUGUAUGUUUUAAUACAUAGAUAAUCUAUUGAAAAAUGAAAUUAAGAAACAACUAAAUCACAUACUUGUAAAGUGUCUAUAAGGUGCACUGCUUAAUGUGUCUACCAGCAGAUCCAGACAGACCCCCUUCCAAACCAGGACCAGAUACUGUAGUCAGGAGCCAUUCAUUCUGAUCUUUGGGGACAUUGUCCAGCAGAGCUUGGGGGGAUAGUUAGCCCUGUACCUGCAGUUCAAAUCAGCACUUAGGAUGAUUGGAACUGUUUUGUUUUUUUAAACUGCAGCUAUUGUCAGUUUAUACACAGAAAAGGCUGCAGGCACUAUUUGGACAAAAUUGAUAUGAGACAACCCAUAUGCAAGUGGGCUAAGGAUGGACAAAGCGUAAUAUCUAUUGCAGUAGUGCUUACGAAGCUUAUACCGAUCCUUUAAUCUAUAUUUAAAGAAAUUAGAUUUUUCCUAUCACUGCAUGGGCAUAGAGGUAACUCAGCUGCCAAUGUCACGUCAAACCGAUUUGAGUCAUAGAAUGACGUGUAUCAACACCUUAUAAGCAAUACAGGCUGGAAUAAAGCUAUAGAUAUCAACAAAUGUUUUCCCUGCACAGUGCACACCAAUUAAAAUUACACUACAGUCGUACUAUGAGCACCACACCAACAUUACUAAUUUGAUCGAUUUUGACCUCGCAUUCAUUCUGUGCUUUUCUUCAGAUUCAAACCUCACUAGUUUUGCUAAAAAAAAAAAGAGACAUAUUAUGUAUCUUUCUGCAGCAUAACCUUGUGUCUUUAGUCAUACUCCCUCUUUUCACAAAGCAACGUACUGUAUCUUGAAUAUUUACUCCGGAGCUGAGCUUCUGACAUCACUCUGCCCCAUAGCCAAUCACUGUUCUCUUAGUAUUUGCGCCCUUUCCCCUUAGCACAGCGUUGCUCUAUUAACAGAUAAUAAGUGAACAGUGGUUGACCGUGUGGGGGAGAUGGGACGUUAGCCACGCAGCUGACACUGAACUCUCAUUGGCUGAGCUACGUACAUACUCAUACCUUCCAAGUGUCCCUAUUUAGGAGGGACAGUCCCUAUUUUUGGCCCAAACUCCUCUUUCCUUCUCUUCUAUCCUAAUGAUCCUCUUUUCUAGAGAUUCUAGAAUUCAGCUGUAGAUACCGUCUGCUACAAAAUAUAACAAAUGCAAUAUUCUUAUUGUAGGACUGGUGAGAGAGUAGUAAAGAAAAGAAAGUUGCAGAGCUUCAAUUUCCAGAAGAAGAAACUGAAAAUCAUGGAGAACAUGUUGGAGGAACAGAAGAAGCUGAGCCGUGCCAUGGAAGAGACAUGUAGGGAAGUGAGGAGGAUAUUGGACCAACAGAACAUCAUCCAAGUACAAAGUCUACAACUUCAGGAAAGGAUGAUGAACCUCUUGGAGAAAAUGGUUUCCAAAUCGGCACCUUAA